UCCGCCAUGGCCGCCGGCCCAGCGCCCCCCGGCGGGCACCCCCGCGCGCAGAGGCCGCAUUUGAGCAAGAUGGAGCGCAUGGUCGUGAGUAUGCAGGACCCCGACCAGGGCGUGAAGGUGCGGAGCCAGCGCCUGCUUGUCACCGUCAUUCCCCACGCAGUGACUGGCAACGAUGUCGUGGAGUGGUUGACCCAGAAGUACUGCAUCACAGAGGAGGAGGCCCUGCACCUGGGCACCCUCUUAGUGCGGCACGGCUACCUAUACCCACUGCGAGACCCCCGCGGCCUCGAGCUCCGACCAGAUGAAACACCCUAUAGGUUCCAGACACCCUAUUUCUGGACGAGCACCCUGUGGCCAGCCACUGAGCUGGACUAUGCCAUCUACCUGGCCAAGAAGAACAUCCGAAAGCAGGGGGGCCUGGUUGACCAUGAAAAGGAGCACUAUGACCAGCUGCACAGGAAGAUCAACCACACGUGGGACCUGGUAAUGAUGCAGGCGAGAGAGCAGCUGCGGGCAGCUAAGCAGCGCAGGAAGGGGGACAGGCUGGUCAUCGCUUGCCAGGAGCAGACGUACUGGCUGGUGAACAGGCCCCCGCCUGGGGUCCCCAGCGUGCUGGAGCAGGGUCCAGAGCGGGGUUCCUGCACGGCUGGGCGAGUGCAGAUGCACACCGGGUCCUUCCACACCAAGACCAUGGAUUUCUACAGACAGGAGGUCGAGUGCUUACAGAAGGCCCUGGGCAGGGCCCGGGUGACGUCCUCCGUCUGCCUCGAGGCGUACCUGAAGUUUAGCAGCCAGCGUGGGCCACACGACCCCAUCAUGUCGGGCUGCCUGCCCAGCAACCCCUGGGUCACAGACGACGGUACCUACUGGGCCGUGAACGCACCCAGCGUGGCCGUGCCCACGAGGCUCCGCGUGGAGCAGUGGGCCUUCAGCUUCCGGGAGCUCUUGGAAGACCCCGUGGGACGGGCCCACUUCAUGGACUUUCUUAGGAAAGAGUUCAGUGCCGAGAACCUCAGCUUCUGGGAGGCCUGUGAGGAGCUGCGUCAUGGAGGGCAGGCCCGGGUCCGCGCCCUGGUGGAGGCUGUGUACCAGCAGUUCCUGGCCCCCGGCGCUGCCCGCUGGGUCAACGUCGACAGCCGGACGAUGGAGAGGACGCUGGCUGGCCUGGGCCAGCCCCACCGCCACGUGCUGGAUGACGCCCAGCUGCACAUCUACAUGCUGAUGAAGAAGGACUCCUACCCAAGGUUCCUGAAGUCGGACUUGUAUAAAGAUCUGCUGGCCGAGGCCGUGGUGCCCCCAGAGACCAAGCGACGGGUGUUCCCGUUCAUGUGGAAGCCACGGCAUUCCAGCCCCAGCCCUGCUGUCCUUCCCACUUCUACCUCCGGGGAGCCCAUCGGUGGUGAUGGGGAGGCCUAGAAGGGGCUGUUCCGGAGGCUAAUUCCCAAGGCAGAGGUGCCCUGGAUGGAGAAGAGAUGGUACCCAACCCACCCCUCCAUGACUCCCAGAGCGAGACGCACAGUCAGGUGGCCACCAGCAUGUGAUGCGGGCGUGCAGGGGAGGUGCCGCUCCUGCUGGAACGUUGCCCGUCCACCUCCGUGGCUGCCCGAGGCCAUGGCUUUUCCCUGUAGUUGGACAGAGAUGGCUCCAGCAUUGUUGCUCCUCCGACAGCCGGUCCCAGUUCAUAGCCAGAGUGGCGGAACCUUUGGGAAAAGACACCAGGGAGUCCCCACUCGGAGGGUCCCCGAGACUCAGCGUGAAGGUACAGCUGCUCCUUUGGGGGCACAGCCAGACUGGCUCAGCUGGGGCAGCGCCACCCCUCCCUCAGUGCUGCCCACACCCUCCUGCU